CAUACAUACACAAGGAAUGCCUUUUUUGUAGUGUGUGUUUGACUACAUUCCUUUAUCUUCCUACCCUUUCCCUCCCACCCCCAAAUCCAGCUGCCAUUUUUGUUUCUCUGGUAUUUUUUGUGGUGCUCAUUUGGACGUAAUUUAGUGGGAAUUUGAGAUAUGUUUGAUCUUAAUCUCAGUUCUGAAGAUGUUCCAGUAGAAUCAAGAACCUCCAAUUCCUCCAUUGUUAACAUGGAAACCUCCAGCAGUACUGCUGGUGACGAUGAAUAUGAAGAAAGUGGGAAUCGUAGCGGUUUUGUGUUAAAGGAGCUAUUUCCAUCGGUGAGUGGAGAGGCUGAGUUGCCGCAACAGCAGUGCUUGGAUCUCUCAGCCAAUUAUGGAGCUUCGAAUGAGCAGAGUAUCGUUGUAUCUGCACAGGGGAGAUCGCAGGUGAAGAAGAGUAGAAGAGGGCCCAGGUCUCGGAGUUCUCAAUAUCGUGGUGUCACAUUCUAUCGUAGGACUGGACGAUGGGAAUCCCACAUCUGGGAUGGUGGGAAACAAGUUUACUUGGGUAAGCAACUGUUUCGUCACCUCAAGUUUUGUUGAUAUGAAAGUUAUUACACCUUUAUUCAAGUAUUGAUUGCUGACUGCAAGUUCAUUUGGCAUUUGAAAUUUGUAUUUACAGGGGGUUUUGACACUGCACAUACUGUUAGGGAUAUAGUAGAUAUGUCUUAGAUCCAAUCUCAUAUUUG